CCCGUUUCUGUUCUGUGUUGGUCCGACGCGGACUGACAACACAGCUCCUCAGCAAGAUGGCGACAGCGACGUUUUGGAGAAAAUCGCAAUUUUUAGCGGCAGAAAGGACGUCAUCUCUGCGCUCAUGGUUCCACAGGUCUGCAGUUCUUCGAUCCGGUCCUCCUCCUCAGUCGAAGUUCUUUGCACCGCACGAAGGCGUCAUGCUGCCAGCAGGAAGCUUCGACAAAAAAGUGGCCUUCAUCACCGGUGGGGGGACAGGACUGGGCCGAGCCAUGACCACCACACUGUCGGCGCUCGGAGCGCAGUGUGUCAUCGCCAGCAGGAAGUUGGAGGUCCUGCAGCAGACAGCUGAAGAGAUCAGCAGUGAGACUGGAAACAAGGUCCACGCGGUCCAGUGUGACGUCAGAGACCCUCAGGCCGUCUCUCGCUGUGUCGACCAGAUAGAGGCCCUGACCGGUUUACCUGAUGUGAUCAUCAACAAUGCAGCAGGAAACUUCGUCUGUCCAUCCGAACGUCUGACGCCAAACGGCUGGAAGAGCAUCACAGAGAUUGUUCUGAAUGGAACCGCGUUUAUCACUCUGGAGCUGGGAAAGAGAUUGAUCCAGAGCCAGAAAGGAGCUUCCUUCCUCGCCAUCACCACCAUCUACGCCGAGUCCGGUUCUGGAUUUGUGGUUCCCAGUGCAUCAGCGAAAGCCGGAGUUGAGGCACUGUACAAGUCUCUGGCUGCAGAGUGGGGGCGCUACGGCCACAGGUUCAACAUCAUCCAACCUGGGCCAAUCAGAACAAAGGGAGCGUUCAGCCGUCUGGAUCCGACCGGAAGCUUUGAGAAGGCCAUGAUAGGUCGCAUCCCAGUGGGUCGACUCGGAAAACCAGCAGAAAUCGCAAACCUGGCAGCGUACAUGAGCAGCGACUAUGCCACCUGGAUGUCCGGAGCUGUGAUUCGAUUUGAUGGAGGAGAAUACGUGUCGAUGGCAGGAGAGUUCAAUGAGCUGCGCAGGGUGACUCCGGAUCAGUGGAAGAUGAUGGAAGCGAUGAUCAAAAGCACCAAAGGAUCCUAAAAUCACUCGGACAAUCUUCAUUGGAUGACAACAACCAAUUAGCUUGCUUUGCAGAGAAGCCACACCCACUUGCUGAUGUCAUAAUGAUGAGAGACUGUGACAGACGGUUGCUGGGAGUUUCGGUAUUACACUGAGUGAUUGAUUGAUCAGCUGAUCAGCUGACAAACAUAUUUGGUAGUUAAAACCAACUUCAGAUGUGUGAGUUUAACUUUAUGUUUUCUAACGAGGUUUUCUUAUCACGUUACCACUGUAAAAAACCUGAGAGAGGAGGUUUUUUGUGGUUGCUGCUUACAAUUCCUUUUUAAAGUUUAAUAGUUGUCCUAAAUCUAAAGGGACAGACUUUAGUCUUGCAGCACUCAAUAAAACUGACAUGAGUUUAAACAC